AUGGAUGCGAUUCAAGAAACAAGUAUUAAUUUAAAAAACUACUUUUCAAAGAUCGUUAGAGUAAGAAAGACCGAAUCGAUCAAAUUUUCUGAUGUAAAAGGCACAUUAUACGACGAUCUUUUCCCAAAGAGCGGAAACAUGACUUCAAGCAACUAUAUACUUCUUAUUUCAAGGCCAUUUAACUCUACGCAGAAAAUUACCAGCCAAAAUCUUUAUUACAACAAACACGGACGUCCAAUUAUUUCUGUGAUAAAUAUCAAAGCAGAAUACUUAAGCUCAUUCCCGCAGAGUGAGAAAUCAGACAGCAGAUCGACAUUCCUUCUUCUUUUCCACGAAAUCAUUCAUUGUUUGGGAUAUCGAGCUGAUGAAGCUAACCAUUGGAUAAAUAAGUCCACGGGUAAGCGAUACGAUCCAUUACCUAUAUACAAUUACACGAGCAAUUUAACUACUAAGAAUUUCGUUUUCCAGUGUACUCCUUUAGCAAUUCAAGUUGCAAAGAACAGAACAGGCUUAUCAACAUGGGAAGGCCAAGAUAUUUGUCUCCAGCUUGAUGAGGAUGAAACGCACUUGAAAGGAACCAUUUAUGCUCUUGAUGUCUUGUCAAAUCCGACAAAUGAGCGUAGUUUUAUUACAGAUGCUUCACUCGCAGUCAUUGAAGACAUGGGAUGGUAUACAGUCGAUUUUUCGUACUCAGAAUGCUCUACGUGGUCUAAAAGUGUUUUAGGAAAUUUAUAUUUUGACGAACUUAACAAUCCACCGAUUAACUUCCCCAGCAAGCUUAAAUUUACAGAACUAGAUACUAUGUACCCUUCAUUUGACUUCCGGGGCUACUUAAAUUCAACAAAUUACGGCGCGAACAGAAUAAACUUCACGAGAGACCAAAACAUCGACCAUUACUACUACGAGAAUACAACCGUCAUCGGCAAAUAUAAACAUUACGAUUAUUCCCCUUUACUUAUCCCAGAAUAUUCCUGUUCACCAGAUUGGGCCAUUGUUACAACAUACAACAACCUUACAACAACUGUUGAAUGUUUGCCAUUGUAUUACAAUGAAACAGAUGUUUUUCUUUCGUCAUAUCUUGACAAAACCAACGUUUCGUGCACAGAAACAUAUAAUUUCGGAGAAGGAAAUGUUAGUUGUCCUCCUCUUAACUUGAUCUACAAAGUUGUUGAGUGCGAAUCUCAGCGAGGAACUAAUUACACACAUAUUCCUUUGUUUUCGGACUCAAAGAAACAUUCGUGGACUCUUUUGAUUCUUGGUGUCUGUUUUGCAGCAUUUCUGAUCCUUGUUUUCGCAGCAGGAGCCAUAUGGAAGUACUACAACUUCGUACACAACCAGCCAGACACUCACGACGAGUUCAAGAAGAUGAAUUCUAUGGACGGAAUUCUUCGUGGUGUAGACAGCAGCCAGAUUGAUCAUCAAGGUUUGCAAUCUGAUGACGACUUAGAAGCUGUCAUUAACCCUGGACCUUGA